AUGUUUACCUCGACCUCGCUCAACGCAGCCAUCGUCGCCGCGCGCGCGGUCCGAAACGAGCGCGGUCGUCGAGCGCGCGGCCACGUCGUCGUUCACUGCGAUCUCGCCCGAGCGCACGCCGGGGCGUCCACGCGCCGAGAAUUCACGAUCGGGAUCGCGAGCGCGCUUACGGUGUUCGCCUCGGACCGGAAGGCGCGCGCGGCGCAGGAGACGAUCGUGAACCCGCAGCCCUUGGACGGCGGGUGGGCGCGGUUCUACGGCGAGGCCACGUCCUCGAGCUCGUACGGCGGGUACGGCGGGAACGAGAACAACUUCGACAAGUUCAAAUAUUACUACGACAUACCGGAGUCGUUCGAGAGGGACACGGUGAAUAAGGUGGAGAAAUCGACGAACGGGACGGAUAAUCGGUGGAAGUCGAAGAAGACGGGCGCCAAGGUGUACGCCGUGACGCUGCCAGGUUACGGGAAGCUCAAGACGGUGCGAGAGGAAAUCAUCAGUGAUCUAGCACUGAGUGAUUACAACCUUCAGGAUGCGAUCGUCGGUGCGGAUUCGUUCGUGACGAAGGAUCGCGAUGUCGACGGGCAGACGUACGUCGAUUACGACUUGGUUGGGUUUUUCGGAAACAUUUUUGCCUCCGUGACGGUGUACGCCGGUCGUUUGUAUAGCGUGUUCGCGUUCGUUCCGGAGGGUGCGAGUGAGAACGAAAUCGAGGCGGGGCGACGAAUGCGCGACAGUUUCGCGACGAUCAACAACGUCGACGCAGCUCAAGCCGCGGCGGACAUGGAAUUCUACCGUAGAUCGUAG